AUGGGUCACCCCGCUCCAGUCGACGUACUGCGCAAGAUGAUCACGACCAACAUGAUCAAGGAUGUGCGAGUCCCUCUCAAGUUGGGUGGAGCAAGUGCAUGCCGCGGGUGUCAACAAGGUGAAAAAGUCCAAAAACCAUUCCCAAGCAACCGCGACAAGCGCAGCUAUGAUAAGUGUGAGCUGCUUCAUCUGGACAUCUGUGGGUCCAUGGAAAAUGAUUCGCUCGGUGGUAGCAGAUAUCUGCUACUGAUCGUAGACGAAGCCAGUGGAGUGGAUGCACGAAGGGCUUUUGUUUACGAGUGA